UUCUCCUUUUUCUUCUGUAAGAACUACACCAACCAAACCUUCUUUUUCAGCUAUUUUUUUUUUCCUUUUUUUUUUGUUGGAGGUUGAUUUUUUCUUCCAAUCCUUGAGGAACCUAAAAAAAAGUGAACCAUGUCAGGCUUGUAUAAUCCGAACUUCUCACCUAGAGCUGCUUCUCCUCAGAUUAGGAGCACCUCAGACUUGGAUAGUCAGUACCUAUCAGAGUUGCUGGCAGAACAUCAGAAGCUUGGACCCUUCAUGCAAGUACUUCCCAUAUGCAGCCGCCUCUUGAAUCAAGAAAUAUUAAGAGUUUCUGGAAUGUUGUCCAACCAAGGUUUUGGUGACUUUGAUAGACUGCGGCAUAGAAGCCCUAGUCCUAUGGCUUCUUCAAACCUUAUGUCAAAUGUCGGUGGGACAGGGUUGGGUGGAUGGAAUAGUCUUCAGCAGGAGAGAUUAUGUGGACCCCCUGGAAUGACAAUGGACUGGCAAGGUGCACCUGCAAGUCCUAGUUCAUACACUGUUAAGAGAAUCUUGCGCUUGGAAAUUCCAGUAGAUACAUACCCCAAUUUCAAUUUUGUUGGAAGACUUUUGGGACCUAGAGGCAAUUCCUUGAAAAGGGUAGAAGCUACAACUGGUUGUCGUGUGUAUAUUCGAGGAAAAGGAUCAAUAAAGGAUCCAGACAAGGAAGAGAAAUUACGAGGAAGACCAGGCUAUGAGCAUCUCAAUGAACCACUCCAUAUUUUGAUUGAGGCUGAUUUACCUGCUAAUGUUGUUGAAUUAAGGCUCAGACAGGCUCAGGAAAUUAUAGAAGAACUGCUCAAGCCUGUGGAUGAGUCACAGGACUAUAUUAAGAGGCAGCAGUUGCGCGAAUUAGCUAUGCUGAAUUCAAAUUUCCGGGAAGAGAGUCCAGGACCAAGCGGUAGCGUGUCUCCUUUCAAUUCUAGUGGAAUGAAAAGAGCAAAAACUGGUCGUUGAAAAGGUGUCCUUGAUGGUGUAGGUGGGGUAUUGUGGUCCUCUAGCUAUAUUCAUUGCUGAGGAUAUCUUCAAGUACAUCAUGUGUCAUUCAAAGCAGCAGAUAUAAAAAAGAAUAGGCUAACAAUUCUUGCUGGUUAGCAUUCUGGUGGUUUUGGUUUUUUCCUUCCCUUUUAUCUCUAUCCUUUUCUUCUUGAAUAGACAAGAGACAAAGAUGGAAGGAAGAAUUCUUAAAAAGAGAAAAUUUUAUAUAGUUGGGUAUUGAGAGUAGGAUUGUUCAAAUCAACCCCUUUUUUUUUCUUGUAAACUUAAUAUACAUUCAUUGGAUUUAUUCUUGCAUAGUUACUUUUGAGUAGUGUGGAAUAUAUAUACACAUGUGAUGGUGAUGGUGAUGGUGAAGCUUUAGGUCAAAGAUGAUGAAGUGUUGUGGGCAUGUGACGUGUGUCAAUCCUCAUGGUAUUUUAAUAUUUAUAAGUUAGCAUAGGUUGGAUUCUUUUUAGUUUUUUGUCACAAGCAUUUGCAGUUGGAAUGAUG